AUGUUCACACUGUGCUUUGUCUAUCGAUAUGCUCACACUGCGCUGUCUCUUGAUACGCUCACACUGCGCUGUGUCUAUCGAUAUGCUCACACUGCGCUGUGUCUAUUGAUAUGCUCACACUGCGCUGUGUCUAUCGAUAUGCUCACACUGCGCUGUGUCUAUCGAUAUGCUCACACUGCGCUGUGUCUCUUGAUACGCUCACACUGCGCUGUGUCUAUCGAUAUGCUCACGCUGCGCUGUGUCUAUCAAUAUGUUCACACUGCGCUGUCUAUUGAUAUGCUCACACUGCACUUUGUUUAUUGA